AUUUCGCAGCAGGCAUCAACGGACUCAGUCUGCAAACAAGAUUGCUCGGCACAGAAGAUUGAUAAGAGGACACGUCUGCGUUCACUAGCCAGCAACUGCCUGAAACAAUGGAGGCGGCUUCCAACUGCAUUCAGCAUCCGUGCCCGUACCCAAAUGCCGGCGGGGCUGCAACUGUACUUUUCGCCGGCUUGGUGAACGCUGUGCUGAACGCCCAGUGCAAUUUAGGCAACCCUGCUCAAUACCCAAAGGAUGUCGGAGGUGCAUUAUUGCUUCCAGAGUACGAUUUCAUUGUAAUCGGCGCCGGCAGUGCCGGGUCUGUGGUGGCCAGUAGGCUGACCGAGGAGGAAAAAUGGAACGUUCUUCUGCUAGAGGCUGGUGACGACCCCGGAAUGACCACAGACAUACCGGCCCUGGCUGCUGGACUGCAGCACGGUAGAGAAGAUUGGGAGCUGUGGGCCGAGGCCGACGGUAAGACCUGUCUGGGCAUGCAAGGUGGCAAGUGUUAUAUUCCACGCGGUAAAGCUCUGGGUGGCUCUUCAUCUAUAAACGCAUUGCUUUACGUCAGAGGAAACAAGCACGACUACGACGACUGGGAGAGGACAGGAAAUACGGGAUGGGGCUAUGAGGAGGUGCUCAAGUACUUUAAAAAAUCAGAGGACGGCGAGGUCGAGGACGAAUUCCACGCCAAAGGCGGACUGCUCAGCGCCAAAAAGUAUCCGACUGAGCAGAUGAAAAUCAUUCCACACUUCUUCCAGGCAGCCAAGGAAAUGGGCUACGAAAAGGUUGACCUGAACAGCGCCACCCCCGUGGGCUAUGACAGGUUGCCGUCGACUCAAAGGAACAGUGAAAGGUUAAACACAGCGAAAGCCUUUCUAACACCCGCCAAGGACAGAGACAACUUGCACGUGUCUAAAAAAUCGCAUGUCGGAAAACUGCGAAUUGAAAACGGCAGGGUGAUUGGUGUGGAAUUUGAAAAAGACGGUAAUUCUCAUUUUGUGAAAGCUACAAAAGAGGUGAUCUUGUCCGCCGGCUCGACUAACUCGCCGCAGAUUCUGAUGCUCUCUGGAAUCGGACCCAAGGAGCACCUUGAAGAGCUCGGAAUCCAGGUUCACGCAGAUCUGCCAGUCGGGAAAAAUCUACAAGACCACUUCAUGUACUCGGGAGUCCAUCUGACACUUAAAAACUUGAACGCUAAAAUCCCGGAUCCACAAGCAAAAAUGCGGGAUGACCUGUAUCAGUACCUUUUUUAUCGCAGAGGAGAUUUGGCCUCGUUCGGCACAGGAGAUUUCACGGGCUUCAUCAACACGCCUCUGAACAAGGACAAAAGCAGACCGGACAUCGAGAUCCACCACAAUUUGGUGCCCGAAGACGACCAGUCUAGUAUGCCGAUGUGGCUGCACUCGCAGGGGUACAACAAAGAAACUUAUUUGCAUUUUAAGCAAGUUAACAAAAAAGGCGCCACUCUGAUGCUUAUUAUCACGUUGCUUCGUCCAAAAAGCGUUGGCGAGAUUAAACUAAAAUCUGCCAACAUAUCUGACCGCCCGGUCAUCCACGCCAACCUCCUAAACCACGAAGAUGACCUCAAGACCAUGAUUGAAGCCAUCAAGUACGCGAAAAAGUUCGCUGAGACGCCGACCAUGAAGGCGCUCGGUACAGAAUUCGAGGACGACUACAAGCCGUGUAGCAACAAGCACGAAAUCGGCAGUGACGAGUAUUACGAGUGUUGUUUGCGCCACAUUGGAGCCACCCUAUAUCACCCCGUGGGCACAUGCAAAAUGGGGCCCGACUCCAGCGACUCGGUCGUUGACCCUGAGCUGAAGGUUCACGGAGUCAAAGGACUGCGAGUGGUUGACGCGUCCAUCAUGCCGAAAAUAGUGUCGGCGAACACUAACGCGGCUGCGAUUAUGAUUGGCGAGAGGGGGGCUGAUUUUGUUAAAAAAGACUGGGCACCCUCAGAGUAAUAAAAUAAUAAAUAAAGAAAAAAUAACAAAUAAAAUCUAAAA